AUGUCACCUCCAAUCUGGGAGCAGCGAAAUGACCCACCCCUCGAACAUCGCGCCCGGGGGUACCACACUCCCGAGCUACACAACUGGAGCCCACCGCGAGGGGUGGUAUCCUAUUCAUGCUUCUUCCGCUCCGCCUAUAGCUUCGCGUCAUCGCAUUCACAGCACAGGCAAGCACCCACCAUCCAAUACAUUGGCUUCCCAUCCACUACGAGUACGUCACAUAUGGAACGAGGGCCCGCCGCGCGCGAUCAAGACACGGCCAGAGUCACUACCGGGACUGUGUACAGGCGAGCCACCAUCUACUAUACCCUCCAUCACCAGUCCACCAUUACGGUGCAUGCGGAAUCGACGCCAACGCGCGCAGCAGACGUAGUCGCGAGAUCAACCGGGGCAACGGUACGGUUCGGGUCUAUUACGGAGUCGGUGACUAGUGGUCUCGGAGACAACAGCACGUACACACUCGACGGCGUCUUCACAGCCUCAGCAUCUGCAACCCAGAAUUACGAGCGAGCUACGGGACGCGUGACUGUGAACUUCGAGCCAGUUACGGCACAGGCAGGCGACGAUCAUCUCGCGAAGCACACAUUCAUCGCAAGCAGCAUUAUCGCCCAAUCCACACAGAUGCGGAACCACAGCGUUCACGAGGCUCGACCAGCCGCACGCUCGAGCAUUGCCGCGGACGGACAGAGACUGAAGACGACGACAUGUAUACAGGAGCGAGUCCCUGCGCGUACGGGCAGCAACUUAGUGGAGGACGCCUCUCGCGGUACUGGCAGGACACCCGACCCGGACGCCCACGUCACCGUACACCCGCAUGCUCAGCGAGGCAGCUCACUCGGGCUUCGCGAGUUCUGGAGUGGAGUAGCAACUCUCGCGGCGAGGAAACACGAAGAAGCUACUCCGCAUAAGAGCCUCACCAUGACGGCGAGAGCCAGGGCGAACACGAGUAACGACGGUUUAAGCAUACUUGCAUCUGGAGGCACGCGCAGAGGUAUAACUGCCGGUUUGCGAGGGCGACACACGAUGGAUAGAAGAGCUAGUAGGCAGGCGUACGUGGGUUAUGGAGGCUCUAUCACAAAGGUACCUACGGACACGUCGGGGAGCAGUCCACAUCCGCUCGACGAGUUCUUCCUCGAGAUAUUGAGGCUCACAGCGAGGACGUUCGAGCGAGACAACGGGCCUGCGGGAGAUAGACUCGCUAGGAUCACGGCCACGCAGCUUAGUGACGCAAUACCUUCGGACGCGACUGUCAGUCCCGCGAACUCGGAGCAAGCGACGGCGCACCAGUACGACAGGUCGGAAGGAGUUGCAGCGGCGAGCAGAGGGCAGGACAAGCAAUCAGCUUCGCGAACGCCACUGCGCCAGCUUGUGAACGUCAGCCCCAAGUCAGCAUACAAGAGUCGGAGCGAAUGUACGACCGGCAGAUCCUGGCGCCCAGCGAGUAACCAAGCACGCGACCAGGGGAUUCAGGGAACAGGGCAUAUGAGCGACACUAGCAUGGAGCACGAGGGUAUGCGCGAGCGAAAGGGGCGAGCGCGGGAGGCGAGCCAGCAGAUGCCAUUGGCUGAGGUGCAGACCGCGGCGGAGGCGUACACGACAGACCACCUCUUUACGGUCGAGGACGAUCCCCCGCGGCCCAAGGAGCAAACCAGGACGGAAACGCAAGCAUCAGGGCAGGCGCGGGAUGUGAUUACGGAGGUUACACUCACCGGCGGAAUCGCUACGAGGGGCGGCGCGUGCCCUGCAGUGGUCGGUUGCCGACACAGGACCCCGUUCGGCGAGGUACUGGCUCUGAUACGAGGAGACCGAGGAGGAACGGAAGCGCCGCACCUAGUCGACCUAGUGCGGACCUACGGAUACUCGAGUGUAAGCAACAUCGGACGAGAGAAUGACGAGAGAAUGGAGACUUCUGGACGCGGCACAAGCGGGGCGUCGAGCGGGCGAGACGGGCUAGGACCACGAGAGAGAGACUCACGGCGGGCGGGGGUUGCAUGCAAGGACCUAGCGGCGACGGGUAUUGCGGAAGGCCGGGAUUUCGACGGCGAGCUAGGCCGUGACGAGAAGAGGAUGGCGGGCGGUGAGACUUCAAGUGCAGCCACUGGUAGCGCAUGCAGCAGGGAACAGCAAGAGGUCGGAGAGUUCUUGGUCGCGGCGAGACGAGUCUUCAAAACUGGAAACGACCGGCUGAGGCUAUAUCAGCAAGCUGCACAGGUGUCGCGGGUGACGAGGCGAGUCGCGAUAACAUCGGUAGAGGAUGGGCGUACCGGGAGAUGCCAUCCGACAGGCAGCGGUCCACUCUCCUCGCUAGCCGAAGACUCCACGGCAACUCCACGAGGCGCACCAUGCAUGCAGGCGGAGGAGACGUACGCGUUAGACGUCCGGGAAGAUACUCUAGCACGAGACGGCGCAACGGCGGACGCGCUUGAUACGCGUAAGGAGCAGGAGCGACAGGCGCAGGCGUUCAGAGGGGUCGUGAUUCGAGCGACAGAGAUUGAACUCACCUAUGGGGUCUCCUCCACCGACUACGCGUACCCCGGACAUUCAUCUCCCUCCGCGAGAACGGUCUUGUAUGGGCAGGAGCAUGCGACGAGCACAUUGGAGCUCGGAGUUGACGACGCGCUUCUUUUGAGCACACAGCGGAUCGGUGAUGGACGCGACUGCGGCCGGGAGUGCGCCAAUCUGGCGAGGGCCCAAGAAGGGGGCAUCAUCGCGAUGCACGAGAGACAGUACGACGGGAACCGGGGCGAGGACUACAAGCAGUCGCAGAUAGAGUCGGUGGAGAGAGGACUCAGGCGAGAGACGAUCGCUCAAGCGCCCGAACCACGGUCUGCACAGCCUACUGGCGUCUCGCUGGUCACUCAAGUCGAAGAUUCGGCGCGGGCGUUCUCGCAGUUCCCGCGUCUCUUCAAUACUACUAACCUGUCGACACUCGAGAUUGCCUGGCGAUGCGCGAAACAAUCCGCAACAAGCGGAGACCGUGUCGCGGAAGGAACGGCGGGCGAACCUCGGUAUCGAAAGCGUGCGGACGACGACAGUGGCGCGGGACGGAAGGAACACGGGAAGGUUGGAGGGCUCGUGGAGGCCAUGAGACGAGUUCCAGACGAGCAGGUAGCGGGACAUCCAACCACAGGACGCAGUCGAGGCACACACGCACGGGCAGCUGGCCAGAGCGAGGGAGCAGAACGGACUCGCGAGGAGAUUCCUUACGGUGAAUGGUUCGAUGCGCAUCUACAAGCUGCAGGGGCGAGGUACAAGACUGCCGACAGCAAGCGUGCCGAGGUCCGGGAUAUCGACGAUAGCCAGUCGGAGGAGGCGGAGCUAGGGAAGAGAGGACCCGGGGUGACCACUGUCCAAGUGUAUGGACUAGGGCCUGCGCAGUUCACUACUGGGCGACUAGUCUCUCAAGUUGCGGAGGACGAAGACGCCAUCCCCGAGUCACGUUUCUUGAGGUCGAACAGGACCCCCGGUCUAUCCAGCCUGUUCGCAUGCAAUACUAUUGGGCGACAUGCGCUACGGGAAGUGACGGGCGGUACUCGAGCGAUCGGAGGUGGUUGUCACAGGCGAGGACCAGGGAACGAGGGCUCGAGACCAGAGCACGGAUGGGCGGAGGCCGGCGAGGAAUGGAGUACACCGAAGGCAAAGACCAACAGCAUAAUUGGUGAUGGAGCACGACCUCAGGCCGGAAAGCAGUGGCGGAUCGAUCAAGCGAAGCGGGGGAUCGCGGGGCACGUACAGCAGUCGGGUCUGGGUUGA